CUCUAACGGGUCCAACGGAUCUCGUUUCCUUGGAGCUCGCACAGCCGCUGAGUGCCUCUUAUCUCAGGGAGGCUGCGGGCGAAUUCCAACGGAUCUGUAAAAUCCACAUCCCGGUGUCCUUUACAACCCAACGGACUUCUUAUUGGAUGUCACUCAUUUCGCUUUCUAUUCGACAGUAUUCGUGUCGUGUGAUAUGUACGGUUUCUAAAUCGUGAUAUAUUUUUUUUCUUCAGCUGCCUCGGAUCGAUCCGACCGCAACGUUGUGGAGAUUUCCCGGUGAGUUGACAGGUUCAACGCAAUAAACACGUUCGGCUCCCUCGCCAACCCGCUCUCCACACACCGCCGCCCGCCGUGACAAGUCCCACCCUCUCCCAGUCGCUGCGUGGACGUCGCCCGUGAGAGAAGCCGAGACGGUGACGGAGAGGAGAAGAAGAAGUCGGCUGUCGCUUUUUUCAGAAUAGCAAGCAGCAUCGCUAUAGGGCUGGCUGGCACAUAGCUCGAUACAACAAAAAAAAAACGUUAGCGAGUAAAAAUAAAUAAGCGAUUGCUGGGGUUUUCCAAUCGGAUAAUAAUCGCUCUCUGUGGAUCCGGUCGCUACGCUGGCAAGGAGACGGACUAAGAAGAAGAGGCGAAAUAAAGAAGAGCAGGGAAGACACAUAGGAGGGGACUGGCUCGUCUAGCCGGCGGGACACAUUCACAUAUAGCAUCCUUCGCCUUGCGAGACACACAACACAGCCAUGAGUAUCGAGAUACCCGUGGGGCUGACCGAGCUGCUGCAGGGCUACACCGUGGAGGUGCUGCGACAGCGGCCCACGGACCUUGUGGAGUUCGCCGUACAGUACUUCACCCGCUUGCGGGACAACAGGAGUCAGGAUGGGGCGGGCGGCGGCGGCAGUGGGAAGCCCACCAAGGGCGUGAUGUUUGACGGCGAGCCCAUGCAGACAGAGUCGAACGGCGAGGACGACGAUGACGACGAAGACUCCGACUUUGAGCCUCCUCCGCCCAGCAGAUUCCACAGGAGAGUGUCAGUUUGUGCGGAGGCGUUCAACCCAGAUGAGGACGAGGAAGACACAGAGCCCAGAGUGGUUCAUCCUAAAACAGACGUGCAGCGCUGUCGACUGCAGGAGGCCUGCAAAGACAUCCUUCUGUUUAAGACACUAGACCAGGAGCAAUUCUCACAGGUCCUGGACGCCAUGUUUGAGCUGGUGGUCCAGGCAAAAGACCACGUCAUCGACCAGGGAGACGACGGAGACAACUUCUACGUCAUAGAGAGGUACACACACAUCCAAACACACACACACACACGCACUGUUUGUCUGACCGCAGUCCUAUCUGUCAGUGGUACUCUCUGUCCCUGUGUCUUUUCUCUCUGUCUGUCUGUCUGUCACACAUUUUUGUGUUUUUGUUUGACGGCUCAUCUCAGUAGAAACAGGUGGGCGGGGCUUGCAAAAUAACGCGUUGCAUCACGCCGGCCACUGGCCAGCGCGCUUUAAAACCGUCCGCUGUGCACACACUAA